CACAGCCGAAGCUCCCGGAGCACGACAAGAGCGAUGGCCGAGCAGGGCGCGAUGAUGCAUGGCCUCGAGUUCCUCAUUGCGACGGACGCGGAGCUCCACAAGGAGCUCUCGGCCAUGUGCGACCUCCUCGACACGCUCCACGGCAGCGACAGCUCGUCUUCGUCGGCGACAACCGCCGCCACAUCGUCCCUCGUCGAAGCCGCGCUCGACGACUUUGCCUCGCCGGCGCCGACCAAGCGCAAGGCCGAGACCGACCUCGUCCGCGCCAAGAACAAGUUUCAGUUCAAGCAGCGCCAAGAGAUCCUGCAGCUGCGCACCGAUGUCACCGCGCUGCAAGCACGCCUGCACGAGCUCAAGGCCAAGGGCGACGCGGCGCUGCCGCCGACGACGAUGUGGGCGACGAUCGCCAAGCAGGAGCUGCUCACCAAGACCGAGGCGCUCCAGGAGAAUGCGCAUCUGCGCGGCGAAGUCGAUCGCCAAGUCACGUUUGUCGAUGCCAUGCUCACGCUGCUCCGGAAGCGCCCGUUGCCUCAGACGGACGUCCACAACAGCCACAUGGCCGACUGGAAGCAGUACAAGCUCGCGGCCGCGCAACACCUCCGUACCGCGGCCAUCCACGCCAUCGCCGAUCGCGAGUACUCGCGGCAACAGACGGCCUUUCUCAACGCGGGCUUGUACCCGAUCUCGGGUGCUAUCGACUACCGGGCCGAGGCGCGCACUGAGCCCAACGGCUCGGUCACGGCCAAGUUUAUCGUGCGGGACACGUACGACGCGCCGAUGGACGUUGUCGCGGACGCGUUCUGGCGCGUCUUUACCGGCGAAAAGGUCGUGCCCGUGGCCAUCGGUGCCACCCACACCAUUGAGCGCAUUGACAACGAUACGGUAUACCAAAAGUACCACGCGUCCGUGGGCGGCAUUCCGAUCCACCUCAACGUGAUCGCAAAGAGGAUCCGCGAGCCGUCGCGGCGCCUCAUCGUGUGGCGGUCCGUGCUCGAAGACGCGCUCCAGCCGCAUCUGAGCGUCGGCGUCACGGGGGUGCAGUGGGGCUGGACGACCGUCGAGGUCGGCAGCAACGGGUCUGUGGACUUUACCUUUCUCUGCCACGUCAACACGUGCCGCGCCGAAAGCGUCGACGACGUUCGGGCCAAGAUCCGCGAGUUCCGCUUCUGCGAGAAGGAAGCGGUGACCGACUUGCCGUGGGACGAGAUGCGGCGCAGUCCCAUGGAGGUCUUCAUGGAGCGAGGUCGACGCUGGGAGAAUGCGUUCCGCGAGUCCAUCGCCGACAGCGUCAACGCCUACCACGCCGCAAGACGACAGGCGUAA